AUGGCAUCAAAGGCUGAAUUAGCUUGUGUAUACUCCGCUCUCAUCCUCGUUGACGACGAUGUCGCAGUUACCGGUGAGAAAAUCUCAACCAUCUUGAAGGCGGCUAACGUUGACAUCGAGCCGUACUGGCCAGGUUUGUUCGCUAAGGCCUUGGAGGGUGUGAACGUUCGUGACCUGAUCACCAACAUCGGUUCUGGUGUCGGUGCCGCCCCGGCCGGUGGAGCACCCGCUGCCGCCUCAGCCGCCGCCGCGCCUGCCGCUGAAGCCGCCAAGGAGGAAAAGAAGGAAGAGGAACCCGAAGAAUCUGACGAUGACAUGGGCUUCGGUCUCUUUGACUAA